GGGAGCGCAGGCGGGAAGAGAGGCUGCCUCGGGCUGGGCAGGCAGUAGCUAGGCAGAAACAGCAUCACGUACUCACCCGAGAGAGCCGCUUCCUGCGGCGGGUCUCACACCGCGGCUCGAGGGACAGCUCGCAGUCCCCGCUGUCCAGCUGGCCUAGAGUAACAGAUGCCUCCCUGGCCCCCAGAUCAGUAAACCUGAUAGGGUUUUGGGUUUUUUUGUUGUUGUUUUUGUUUUUUUUGUUUUUUGUUUUUUGCUAUUGUAGGAGUGGGUUUUGGGGGUAGGAGUCCACCAUUCCAUUACUUUUCUGAGACAGCUAGCAUUGUAUGGAAAAGCCAGUAUUCUCUUUUAGUCCCUUUUAUCCUUUGAGCAUGGAAUACAACGGAGACAAAUCAUUAUUUGAGGAUCACUUUCUGAGAACUCAGACCUUCCUGGUGCUGAAAAGGCAAAAGAAAAUGGCAUGACUGAUGGGCCAUCGAGCACUGGGACCCAGAAACCUUUGAUGAUCAGGGACAUGACUGCGACUCUCACCCAGUGGGGGCAGCUGGACCCUCCUCAGGGAGAUGUGCCCAGGAAGCCGAGGAAUCUGGUCUUGCUGGGGCUUCCAAUUUCCAAACCCGAUGUUAUAUCUCAUUUGGAACAUGGGGAAGAGCUGGAGAGAGAAGUCUCAAAAGCCAUCAGUCCAGACUGGGAGACAGUUCCUGAAAGCAGAGAGCUAAUGCCAGAGCAGGACUUUUCUGAAGAGCCAGCCCCUGGGGUGUUAAUAGAAAGAUUUCCAAAGGAAAGUUCCCGUGAAUGUGAGGACACUUUAGAAAAUCAGCAAGAAAACCAUGAAAAACAUCCAGUACAAGAAGUUGUCACUCAGAAGAAACUUUCUGGGGAGAAAAGUUAUCAAUGCAAUGAACUUAGAAGAAAUUUUAAUCGGCGGUCAUUACUUUUUCAGCAACAGAGAGAAAAACUUCAUAAUUGUGAUUCAUUUAAAAAGAACUUAAAGCAAAACUCAGAAAUAAUUAGACAUGAGAGAAUUUGUGCAGGAAAAAAACCUUGGAAGUGCAGUGAAUGUGAGAAGGCCUUUAGUUAUUACUCAGCUUUUGUCUUGCAUCAGAGAAUCCACACUGGAGAAAAACCCUAUGAAUGUAGUGAAUGUGGGAAAGCCUUCAGCCAAAGCAUACACCUUACUCUGCACCAGAGAAUUCACACUGGAGAGAAGCCCUAUGAAUGUCAUGAAUGUGGGAAAGCCUUCAGUCACCGCUCAGCCCUUAUUCGGCAUCAUAUAAUUCAUACUGGAGAGAAGCCCUAUGAGUGCAAUGAAUGUGGGAAAGCCUUCAAUCAGAGUUCAUACCUCACCCAGCAUCAGCGGAUUCAUACUGGAGAAAAACCUUAUGAGUGUAAUGAGUGUGGGAAAGCCUUCAGCCAAAGCACAUUCCUUACCCAGCAUCAGGUCAUUCACACUGGGGAGAAACCUUACAAGUGUAACGAAUGUGGCAAAGCCUUUAGUGACCGCUCAGGUCUUAUUCAGCACCAGAGAACUCAUACUGGGGAGAGGCCUUAUGAAUGUAAUGAAUGUGGGAAAGCUUUUGGCUACUGUUCAGCUCUGACUCAACACCAGAGAACUCACACUGGGGAGAAACCCUAUAAAUGCAAUGAUUGUGGCAAGGCUUUCAGUGACCGCUCAGCCCUUAUCCGUCAUCAGAGAACACACACUGGAGAGAAACCUUAUAAGUGUAAGGACUGUGGGAAAGCUUUCAGCCAGAGUUCAUCUCUUACAAAACAUCAGAAAACUCACACUGGUGAGAAACCCUAUACAUGUAAGGAAUGUGGAAAAGCCUUCAGCCAGAGUUCAUCACUUUCUCAACAUCAGAAAACUCAUGCUACAGGGAAAACCAAGGAAUACGGCCAAGCUUUCAGUGAGCAUUCAACCUUUGGCCAACAUAAGAGAAUUCAUACUGGAUAAAUGGCACAUUUAGAAUAUCAUCAGAGAGCAUUUGCCAUACAUGCUGUGCAAUCUACAAAGAAAUUUAAGAUUGUCACAAAAAGUUAUUCAGAAAUCAUUGUUCAUGGGGGGGGCAUACUUAGAUUGUGAAAGAAAGGUUUACAUUUUUUAAAAUGUCUUAAGGGAGGACACUAUAAAUUUCCCCGGGGAAAGGAAAUUUAUUUCUAAUACUACAAUAUGUAUAAGUGACCAAAUCCUUGAGAGAGAAAAAGGAUGUGCCAUGUUGGAAAGCGGACUUGUUGGCUGAACUUGGUAGUCAUGAUGCUGAGGGCAUAAGCUUAUAAAAAGGCAAGUGAUUCUCAUAGGAAACUUGAAGAUAUAGAAAUAAGAGAUUGAGAAUUCCUAACAAAUUUACCCAGGUUCAAGAGUAGUGGAGAAAUAGAAGUUGUCCUUCAGCCUUCUGUACAGGACACAAAAAAGAUAGGUAUAAAGGAUACACUAAGAGAAUUGGGGGAAAGAAACUAAAAAAUGCUGUUGAGGUAAUUGGAUAACUGAAUAUUCACAGCUGGGAAUAAAUUAGAUUUAGUAGUUGGUGAGUUGCAGUUUCUGUGAGGGUAGCUUUACCAGGGAAGCUAACAGCCUAGAAAGGGAAAGUAGAGAUGUUUAAGGUGUUCAGUCUAUUUUAAGCUAUCUGAAUUUACUGGGAAUAUUUAUUUAUAAAAAUUUACCUCAAUUCUAUUAGACUAUACAUUAGGUUUUUUUAUACCUAGUAGUAAAAUUCAAUUGUAGCCUUACACUGACAUAUAUUAGAUUGUGAGAAACUUGAAAAAACUUUGAAAUUUUUGCCUUUCACCAUUUUACUUAUGGAUAGAGGCAGAUAACAUUUUUAUGUAUAUAUAUAUUUUUAUUGAAACUUUGAAAGUUAUUACUGGAAAUAAUACUGAAUGUAGUGGUUUUAAUUUUCAUGUUUAACUCUAUGUGUGUUGGUGUUUUGAGGUUUUUUUAGUGUAUUUGUCUUUGAAAUUUGUUGAGCUUCAAUCAGUAUAUUCAGCCAAAUUUCAAUUUUUAGACCAUCAUUUCUUUAAAAUACAUUUUCAGCCUGCUUUUCCUCACCCCUUUUUUCUUCUGGGAUCAGGUAACAGAACUGUUCAACCCUUGAUUACAGUCUCCCAAGUAUCAGAGCCUUCAUUUUUUUCAUUGUAUUUGUGUCUUCAUUUGCUUAAUCUGCCACAACAAAAUCCUGUAGGCUGACUGGGAUUUCUAUUACUUCCAAUAGUUCUAGAGGUUGGGGAGCCUAAAAUUAGGGUGCCCUCUGAGUGAAUUUCUAGUUAGGGUUUUUCCUACCUUACUGAUGGCUGUGUGUACUGAUACCUUCUUGUUGUGUCUUCACAUGAAUUUUCCUUGGUUCAGGGAAAGAGCAAGACUUAUUGCCUCUUUCUAUAUGGCUACUAUUGGUUUUGGACCCUUUUGACUCACAUACCUUCGUUACCUCCUAAAGGCCCUGACUUCAAAUACAACUGUAUUGGAGAUUAGACCUUCAACGUAUGUAUUUUAGGGAGACACAGCUCAUUUUAUAAUACCACAAUAUGUAUAAGUGACCAAAUCCUUGAGAGAGAAAAAGGAUGUGCCAUGCUGGAAAGAGGACUUGUUGGCUGAACUUGGUAUUUUUGCGAUGCAGAGGGCAUAAGCAUUUUAUCUCUGCCCAAUUCACGUUCCUUCAUGAAAACUAUAUUUAUGCAUUCCAUCCUAACAACCUCUAGAGUCUUAACUCAUUCCAACAUCCACCAGGAAGUCUAGAGUCCAGAGUUUAAUCUAAAUGUCACCCAGGGGCCAGAGAUUUAGCUCAGCAGCAUUUAGCUCAUGGCAAGCAUGAAGUCACGAGUUCGACCCCCGGUACCAGAAAAAUAAAUAAAAUAAAAUAUAAAUGUCAGGCUGGGGAUUUAGCUUAGCGGCAUAAGCACCUGCCUUGCAAGUGUGUGGUCAUGAGUUCGAUCCCUAGUACGGAUAAAAAAAGAAAAAGACAAAAAAAUAAAUAAAUAAAUGUCACCCGGAUGUGCAAAAGAAGGUGGAAUUUAGCUUGAGGCACAAUUCUUCUGUGAAAGCAGUGAAUGCGUUUCCAGAGUCAGUGGUGGGCCUGGCAUAGGUUAGACAUGGCCACACCGCAGGAGAGGAAUCGGAGAGAAUGGGCCAUGGUCCUGGAAUAACCCAAAGCCCAUCCAGGCAGGUUAAAUCUUAAGAUUUUAAAAUAAUUCCCUUUGGUCUGAUGCACUGACUGUGGCCCCACUGGGUUGGCUGUCCUGCCUCUGACUCUGACUCUGCUCUUCCAGGGGCCUCACCCCGAGGGCUCUGCAGGGUGGUCUGGCCUCUGCAGCUCUCGGUGAAGGCUAUCUGGCCUGUUGAAGGGAAGUGGCUGGAUCAGCCUGUAAGCCACACCCAAGCUCUCUUGACUAAAUGAUUGUCCAAUCACAUCCUUAGUGCUUCUUCCUAACUUCUCACCUUUUACAGAAUCCUGGAAUACAGAUCAGACUAGCCCCUUGCAAGGUCGUAGGAAUCCUCUUUCCUCUUAGUGCCAGUGACAUGCUCUUCACUGCCUUUGAGUCACAGCAGAAAGCCUUUACAUGUUUUAUGGCUAGAUCCACUUCACAGCUCUCUAACCUCUUCCCAGGAUCCAGUUCCCAGGCUGUGUCCACAUUUUUAGGUAUUUUUUUUUACAGUGGUACACCACUUUCCAGGACCAGAGUCUGCACAGGUCGUUGUAACACAGUACCAUACCCUACAUGGCUCAAACAACAGAAAUGUAUUCCCCAUAGCUGUGGAGGCUGCAGAUCCAAAGUCAGGUCCAGCAGGGUGCAGCUCCUGGUGUGGCCCUCUUUCUUACCUGUAGGUGUUUGCCUUUGACUGUGCUCUCCCAUGGCCUUAGUUAUGUGUGUAGAGAGAAAGCUGUCUUCUUACAAGACCGUCAGUCCUGGUGGAUUAGACCCCAAGUUCACAACUGCUUUUAACCACAAUUAUCUCCUAGCAGCCCAUCUCUAAAUAUCGUCACGCUGGACGCUGGCGCUGCAACAUAACGACCUUGGGGGAUGUGGUUCAGUCCACAGUACUAUUACCUGUUGUUCACAUUGGGUGCUUUCUGUUCUGUUCUCAGUUUCACAGAAGGUUCAUCUUUCUGUGCUUUUGUGCUGUGAAGUCAGUCACUGAGUUUCAUUUUGGUUUUUGUAUUUUUCAGUUCCAUUUGAUUUUUUUCUGAGACUUAUUUUUAAUCUGUGUCCUCAAAGCCUAACAUCUGCCAUCUCUGCUGGCCUCUGUGGAUUAUCUUCGCUCAGUUUGAGGUUUUCUUGGUUCUUGGUGUGAUUAGAGGUUUUCAGUGGGAAUGUAGACAUUUGGAGUAUUGUGGGGCUCAGUACCCAAUGUAGGUCUUCUGUUGGCCUCUGCAGUGUUCCUAGGAAAGAGGAGGUGCUGCCUUCCAUUACUUAAGUUGAUGUUAAAAGUCCAGAAUAGGGGUUCUCAGUACUGCUGGGCAGGGAUGGGAUUGACAGCUCCCCACCAGGCUUCUGCUGAUGCCACCCUGGCUGGAAGAGACAUAAAUACCCUGUGACUGCUCCCCAUAGGGCAUCUACCAACACUGUGGAGUGGGGUGGGAUGACCGCAUUACUGUGGGCAUUGGUGUAAAUCCUGACUGUUGGCAGUCACCAGCACCAGUAGUGACGGGGAGAAACGUGUCCUCUGGGCAGAGUUGGAAGCCAGUCUCCCCACGUGGUCUCCACUGAUACUACCAGGUGAGGAGGCAGGCAUGGGGUGUGACAACCUGUCUGUCCCCAAAGCCUUCUCUGGCACUGCCCCAGGGUGAGUGGAGGGUUGAGCCCAUUCCAGCCUGGGGAAGGAAGAAAUGGAGGCUCCCGCUCGAGUCCUUUUGGUGGGGUAGGGCCACAGAUCACUUGUGUGUGUAGAAGGAGUGGGUGUUUCUUGUGUAUGUUGGCAUUCCUGGACUGCCAGCCACCCUGGAAAGCAGCCUGGGGCAGGGAGGCAUUCCCCGCUGUGGCAUUUCUCAGGUUCCUACGUGCCCAGCCAGGGCAUUCUCUUACCCUUCUAGAGCCUCCUUAGGUCUGUUUUAUAUGUAAUUUCAAGGAGUUUCGGCUGUUCCUAGAGGAUUAGGAGACCGUACUACUCCAUCCUUCCCGUGGCAUCUUUGUGUUUGACCCUAGUGGCUGAUCGGGUGGUGCUGAGUACAGCCCAGAGGGGCCAACCAAAGGUUACCUGUAGCCACCCAGAAAUGAGUACUAAGGGGACCGGACACUGGUUCCCCAAAAACAAGCUGCCUCUUGGUAGGCAGAAGCCACAGCCUCCUUCACCUGGCUUGGUGGGAGCCACACUGUUCAAGCUGGGGAAACACCAUUGUUUGUGGGUUACAGACUUCAGGAGAGAAGGUAAAUAUGACUAACAAAGUAAACCUUAAUGUAUUUUUUAUUUGUAUCUUUGUCCCAAGAACAUUGAAAACCACUGGAAAUUUUAAUUUACAAUUUUGGAUUUUUUACAAUUACUGAUUAUCUAUAGGUGGCUUUCUAUUUUAACUUGAUAUAUAAUGUGAUGUAGAGAGCCAUCAAAAAAGGAAAAUAAUUGAGAUUUGGGACAAGUCACUUCAUUCUUUCUUUCAAAUCUGUUUCCUUAUGUUUCAAAAAUGUGAUACUUGGGCUGGGGGUUUAGCUCAGCAGAGUAAGUGCCUGCUUGGCAAACACAAGGUUGUGAGUUCAAUCCCCUGCACCAAAAAAAAAAAAAAAAAAAAAACAAAUGUGAUCCCUACUUGAGAUAGUGAUUAGAAUUAGGUAGAAAAUGGAUGAAAUUAAACUUUAUAAGCUAUCAAAUGCUCUACAACUGUUAAGUAUUGUUUAGUCAUUGUACGACUGAUGUCCCCCAUGUGUGCUUUAUGGUGGUGGAGGUUAAUAAAUGAAAGUGACUGUGAAAAUAA